AUGGGAUUGGCAGCAACACGAACGAAGCAGAGAUUUGGAUUGGAUCCUCGAAACACUGCCUGGAGUAACGACACUUCGAGAUAUGGUCAUACAAUGCUGGAAAAAUUCGGCUGGCAACCAGGCAUGGGACUCGGAAUGUCACCAAAUGCAUCACAAACCUCACACAUUAAAGUUUCCAUUAAGAGUGACAAUGUUGGUCUAGGAGCAAAAAUCAAGAGAAAAGAGCGAAAAGAUGCAUUUGAUAAUGGCGAAUGUGCAGGCCUUGACUCGUUUCAGAGAAUCCUCGGUAGGCUCAAUGGUAAGGAACAGCAAAUAACUGAGGAACUCGAUAAACAGAGAAUAGAGAAAGUUUUAAAUGGUAAAUGGGGUGUUCAUUUUGUUCAGGGAGAGGUUCUUGCGAGUACUUGGGACCCAGAUACAAAAGGACUGAGGAGCUAUGCCAAUCCAAAGAAAAGGAUAAAUGCUGAUGAGGAACUCUCUACGUCUGAAAGUGAUAGUAAAAGAAGAAAAAGUGAUGGAAUUCACAAGAAGGAGAAGAAGGAUAGUAAAAAGAAGAAGGCCAAGAAAGAGAAGAAGGAUAAAAAAGAGAAAAAGAGUAAGAAAGAGAAAGAAGACAAAAAAGAAAGCAAAGAGAAGAAGAGUGGGAAGCAUACUAAAGAGAAGACGAAAAACAAAAAGGAGAAGAGGAAGGAAAAGAAAGGCAAUAAAGAGAAGUUAGACGAAGAGAAAUCAAAAACGAAUACCCCGUUAGAUCCAAUACAUUUGGCAGCCUCUGAGACGGCUUUAAAUGUCACUAGUAUACCUGGCAGAUUGUCCGUGCGUUCACGUUACAUCAGACAGAAAAGGUUAGCAACAAUGGAUCCUAAAGCUUUGAAGGAAUUAUUCAUGGUAACAAAUAACUAA